AUGUACAUUUUAUUGAGAUCGUCGUGUCUCUACUGUCAUAGAUUUAAACUUCGUUACCUGGAAACGCAUUUGUUUGAAAGUAGAUUGAAAUUGUUGCAGCAUGGCUUGGUUUUAGAGAGCAUUGAGAUUGAAAACCUGAGAAUUGGUGGUGGUCUCGAGGAUGAUAUCGAAGAAGGUGAAGAAGACGAAGCUGGUUUGGGCUACUCCACUUCAAGUAGCUCUAAGACCAGUGCUGAGAUUGCUCAGGCCAACGACCUAAUUGCUCGUAGAAACAAGUAUGUAUCCAAGGCUAUCAGCAAGGCUAUUGCUGAGGGUAGAACCUCGAAAUCAGGUGUUCAAACCUCAUCUGUUCUUGAGGAGCGUAAGAGAGUUGUCAGUGAGUUUUACAAACGUAUUCUCGUUAGACCCAAAUGUGAUAACUGUGGUAUGUUUUCUCCAAAGUAUAGAAAGGAUGGCUUCACCAAGAUCUUCGAGACCGCUCUUACUACUAAACAACUUUCAAACAACCGAGUCAAAGGUAUGAUGAGACAAGAGAUGGUUUUCGAAUCAAAGGAGAACUCUGCCAAUGGUACAGAAGAAGUUGUUGAGCUUAGUGACAUUCCAAUUCCUAAGGCUAGUGGAAAGGACUCGAGUAGAUAUGUUUUGUCUACCGAGGUGAGAAAUAUUUUGAGAGCAGUCUUCAAUAAGGAGCAAGACGUGUGCAAAGUGCUGUUUCAAAUGAAGCCUGAUUCAACGGAGAAGAUCUCUGCUGAUAUGUUUUUCAUUCAGUUUGUGGUUGUUCCUCCCACCAGAUUCAGACUCCCAUCUCAGUUGGGAGAUGAAAUCCACGCCAAUACUCAAAAUGACUUGUUAGCAAAGGUUCUGACUACUUCGCUGAGAAUCCGUGAUCUUAACGAACAAAUUUCGGUCAUGAGAAGCAAAAAGAUUGGUGGUGAAGAACGUAAGCUUGUGUUCAACCAGCUCAUGAACGGCUUUGUUACCAUUCAAAACGAUGUUAAUGCAUUCCUUGACAGUACUAAAAAUCAAAAUCCCACUGCUGGUAAACUGCCACUUCCUGGUGUCAAGCAAGCAUUAGAAAAGAAGGAGGGUUUGUUCAGAAAAAACAUGAUGGGUAAGCGUGUCAAUUAUGCCGCCCGUUCAGUUAUUUCUCCUGAUCCCAAUUUGGAAACCAAUGAAAUUGGUGUUCCUCCAGUGUUUGCUGUCAAGUUGACUUAUCCAGAGCCUGUCACUGCAUACAACUUCAACGAAUUACGCCAAGCCGUCAUUAAUGGUCCUAAUGUCUGGCCCGGUGCUACCCAAAUUCAAAAUGAAGAUGGGUCUAUCAUUUCUCUACAUAACAUGACUACUGAGCAACGUGCUGCUCUUGGUAGUCAAUUGCUAACUCCUUCAACUCUUCCAGGUGCUAGUGGAGUUAUCAACAAAAAGGUAUACCGUCAUAUCCGUAACCAGGAUGUUGUGCUAAUGAAUAGACAGCCCACUCUCCACAAGGCUUCUAUGAUGGGUCACAAGGUACGUGUGCUGCCGGGUGAAAAGACAUUGCGUCUCCAUUAUGCCAACACUGGUGCUUAUAACGCCGAUUUCGAUGGUGAUGAAAUGAAUAUGCAUUUCCCUCAAAAUGAGAAUGCUCGUGCUGAAGCGUUACUGCUUGCCAACACUGACUCUCAAUAUCUUACUCCUACAUCAGGUAAGCCACUUCGUGGUCUUAUUCAAGAUCACAUUAGUGCUGGUGUUUGGUUGACGAACAAGGAUACAUUUUUCACUCGUGAGCAAUAUCAGCAACUCAUUUACGGCAGUGUGCGUCCUGAAGAUGGUCAUACUACUGGUCCAAGAAUCUUGACUGUGCCUCCUACCAUUUGGAAGCCUGUUCCAUUGUGGACUGGUAAACAAGUCAUUACCACAGUGUUGCUGAAUAUCAAGCCUCUUGAUCGUCCAGGUCUCAAUCUUGUUUCUAAGAAUAAGAUCAAGAACGAGUACUGGGGCAAGGACUCGGAAGAGAACAAGGUCCUGUUCCAAGACGGUCAUCUUUUGUCUGGUAUUUUAGACAAGUCUCAAUAUGGUGCAGCUGACUAUGGUUUCGUUCACUCUGUUCACGAAAUUUACGGUGCUCACUCUGCAGGUAUGCUUCUCAGUGUUCUGGGUCGUCUUUUCACUAAAUAUAUCAUGACAAUUGGUUUCACAUGUGGUAUGGACGACUUACAUCUUACUUCUGAGGGUAACAAGUGGAGAAAGGACAUUUUGGAUGGUGCUUUUGACGUUGGUUUGAAGGCCGCUGCUGAAGUGACCAAUCUUCCUGAACACACGACCACCAACGAUCCAGAAUUGAAGAAACGUUUGGAGGAAAUUCUUCGUGACGAUAAUAAGCUUGGUAUUUUGGAUGCUAUCACCCAGUCAAAGGUGAACGCUGUUACGUCUAGCGUCGUUUCCAAGUGUAUUCCCGAAGGUACAUCCAAGCGUUUCCCUCAAAAUAACAUGCAGUCUAUGGCUCUUUCUGGUGCCAAAGGUUCUAAUGUCAACGUUUCUCAAAUUAUGUGUAUGCUUGGCCAGCAAGCCCUUGAGGGUCGUAGAGUACCAGUAAUGGUGAGUGGUAAGACAUUGCCCUCUUUCAAGCCCUUUGAAACUGCUGCUAGAGCUGGUGGUUAUAUCUCUGGUCGUUUCUUCUCAGGUAUUAAGCCUCAAGAGUAUUACUUCCAUUGUAUGGCUGGUCGUGAAGGUUUGAUUGAUACCGCCGUCAAGACUUCUCGUUCCGGUUAUCUUCAAAGAUGCUUGAUUAAGCAGUUGGAAGGUGUUCAUACCAAUUACGAUAACACUGUUCGUGAUAGUGAUGGUACCAUGAUCCAGUUCCUUUACGGAGGUGAUGCCAUUGACGUUAUCAAGGAGUCUCACUUGAAGCAAUUCGAAUUCUGUGCCAAAAACUACGAGUCGCUGCUUCAAAAGCAUCAACCUAGAAGUUCCAUUGAGAACAUCAACACUGAUGAAGCCAUUAGCUAUGCUAAGAAGGUGCGCAAAUAUCUCAAGAAACACGGAGAUGAAGAGCACCACUUGCAAGCCCCUAAAUAUGAUCCUGUUCUGGCAAUGUACAAUCCAUCCAAGUACUUGGGUAGUGUUUCGGAGAAGUUCCAGGAUGAUCUUGAGAAGUUCAUUGAAAACAAUCAAAACUUGUUUCCCAAGAAGGAUAAAAAGGGUGGCUCCAGCACUGGUAUUACAGAGAAGAAGUUCCGUUCUCUUAUGCAACUCAAGUAUAUGCAGUCUGUUGUCAACCCUGGUGAAGCGGUGGGUAUUAUUGCAUCUCAGUCUAUUGGUGAGCCUUCUACUCAAAUGACCCUUAACACCUUCCACUUUGCUGGUCACGGUGCCGCUAACGUAACAUUGGGUAUUCCUCGUAUGAGAGAAAUUAUCAUGACUGCGUCUGCCUCUAUCAAGACUCCUCAAAUGACUUUACCAAUCUUGGACAGCAUCAGCGAUGACCAAGCUGACAUCUUCUGCAGAGCUGUUGCAAGAAUCGUAUUGUCCCAGAUGAUUGAUAAUGUAGUCGUCACAGAGAGAACUGGUGUAAACGCUCAGGGCAUGGAUACCAGAUCGUACACUGUUCGCAUGAAGUUUUACAAGCGAGAGGAUUAUGAGGCAGAGUACGAUAUUUCUCAACACCAGCUUGAGGAUAUCGUUGCUAACAAAUUCUUGGCUGCUCUUGAAACUUAUGUCCUCAAGGAGAUCAGAAAGCAGAAGAAGACUUCAGAAGCCGAGUCUAUUGGUAAAUCUGUGCCUGUACGAACGACAUCAGCUAGCACCGCCAAGUUGUCUUCUUCUGAAGCUGCUGAUGAUGGUGACGAUGAUGAUGAUUCUGAUGAUGAGAACGUUGAUGAGGAGGAUGCCAAAGAAUCACAGUCCAAAUCCAAGCAAGCCGCUUCGUAUGAUGGACCCGAUGACGAAGAAUUGGAGGCUAUGGAGAAAGCUCAAAAGUCAUCAGAUGAAGAAGAUUCUGACUCCGAUAGCGACUCUGACUCUGAUUCCGACUCUGAUGUGGACAUGAAGGAUGAUGUAGAUACUCCAGCUACCUUGUCAAGUAAGGCUAAGGAACGUCAACAGGCAGUUGUUGGUAAGCACAACACCGUGCGCAAGUUCAACUUUGACGAUAAGAAUGGUGAAUGGUGUGAAUUUGAGCUUGAGUAUCCUGCUGAAACCAAGAAGUUGCUCAUGGUUAACUUUGUCGAACAUCUGUGUCGUACUGUUGUUGUCAGAGAAAUCCCCAAGAUUGGUAGAUGUAUUCGUCCUACUAAUGACAAGAAUGGUCGUGUUCUAGUUACUGAGGGUGUGAACUUUGGUGCCAUGUGGGAGGAAGAUGCCUUUAUUAAUGUCGAUGGUAUCCUUUCCAACGAUAUUUCCGCAGUUCUGAAAACUUAUGGUGUUGAGGCUGCUCGUAACACCAUUGUCAGAGAAAUUAACAAUGUGUUCGAAACUUAUGCCAUCACUGUUAACUUACGUCACUUGGAUCUCAUUGCUGAUAUGAUGACAAGAGAAGGUACUUACUUGCCAUUUAACAGACAGGGUGUUGAUUCUGGAACUUCGCCAUUCAUGAAGAUGAGUUUCGAAACCACGUGUCAAUUCCUGACGAAAUCAGUUCUUGAUGGAGGCAGUGAUACUUUAGAAUCUCCUAGUGCCCGUAUAGUCCUCGGUAAGAUCUCAAAGGUCGGAACGGGCUCCUUUGACAUUUUCUCUCCUGUUUAUUAG